AUGGGUGGCAGUGUUGAUCCUAAGAACGGAAGCUUCAUUGGCGGCUGGGGCGACUUCGGCUGCCCGACCCCCCAGCGCAUCGCCUCCUACGCCGUGUCGUCUAACCGUCAGCGUCCCUUCGCCGGCGCUGGGCACGCGGCUAUUUUCAACUCCUUCCGUCGCUUCCGUCACCAGGUGCUCUACGUUGCCCCGCCCUUCCUGAUUGCGUACGCCGCGAUGAACUGGGCUGUUGAGCGCAACGAGUACCUGAACUCCAAGCCGGGUCGUCUGCUCGAGGGCGGUGACGAGUAA